AUCACAGCGCGCGUAGCCGCGGAGCGCCGGGGUCCGGCCGGCCAUGGCGGAGGUGGGCCGCGCGGCCGUGCGGGACCCGGGUGCGCUGCUUCCCGGGGGCUUCUGGGCGGCGGUGGCCGUGUGGCUGGAGAGGCCGCAGGUGGCCAACAAGCGGCUGUGUGGCGUCCGCCUGGAGGCCCGGCGGAGUGUUGCUGAGCCCCGGGCGGAGGACUGCGGCCAGCGGCCCAACGCCGGCCGGGAGCAGGAGGAGCGGGCCGCGGCCGCCCCGGGUCUGCGCCCCCCGGAUGGGGCCCUGGGUCCCCGGCCGAGCUCGGGCCCCGACCUGGGCACGGCGGGGCGCGGCCCCGAGGGGGCCCGGCGCCGGCGAGGGGAGGAGCGCGGGGACGGGGGCCCCGGGCAGCCCCGCGAGCCGGCGGUCGGGGACGCCGGUUUCCCGGCCUCGGAUCUGGAGUCCGCCUGGGACGCUUGCUCUCGAAGCCAAGCCGGCGGCGGCCCGGAGGUGCUGGCCUUCCUCGCCGGGCCCCCGGUGGGACCGCAGCCAGGGGCGCCCCGCCAGCUGGACCUCGUUCUCAGAAGCGUCAUCCCGAAGACGGGCCCGCGCUGCCCGCUUGCCGUUCCGAGGAGGGAAAUGGUCGUGCGAGAUGUCCUCAAUGGAACAGUAACAUUUUUACCUUUGGAAGAAGACGACAGAGGGAAUUUAAAGGUUGAGACAAGCAACGUGUAUCAAAUCCGGCUCAGUCAGAGCAGAGAAGAAUGGUUUAUAUCUAUUUUAAUUUUCUGUCCAGAAAGAUGGCAUUCAGAUGGCAUUGUUUAUCCCAGACCCAGCUGGCUGGGAGAAGAGCUGCUGGCCAGGCUGGCCAGGUGGUCUGUGGACAGCAAGAAGAGCGAAUUUAAAAGCACCCUGUCCCUCAUUUCCAUCAUCAAAUACAGCAAGACUUACCAGAUGCUCAAGGAGAAGUAUAAAGACAUGGUCAAGGUAUGGCCUGAAGUAACUGAUCCGGAAAAGUUUGUGUACGAAGAUGUGGCUCUUGCUGCCUACCUGCUGGUUUUGUGGGAAGAGGAGCGAGAGGAGCGGGGCUUGACAGCCAAGCAGUCCUUUGUUGACUUAGGAUGUGGUAACGGUCUCCUGGUCCACAUCCUGAGCACUGAGGGGCAUCCAGGCAGAGGGAUUGAUGUACGAAGAAGAAAAAUCUGGGACAUGUAUGGACCACAGACUUGCUUAGAGGAAGAUGCAAUCACACCAAAUGAUAAGACCUUGUUCCCUGACGUUGAUUGGUUAAUUGGUAACCAUUCCGAUGAAUUGACACCAUGGAUACCUGUCAUUGCAGCCAGGUCUUCCUACGGCUGCCGCUUUUUUGUCCUCCCCUGCUGCUUCUUUGACUUCAUUGGAAAAUACUCCCGGAGGCAGAGCAGGAAGACUCAGUACCGGGAGUACCUUGAUUUCAUCACAGAAGUGGGGCUGGCCUGCGGGUUUCACGUUGAGGAGGACUGCCUUCGCAUUCCCUCCACCAAAAGGGUUUGUCUCAUUGGGAAAUCCAGAACAUACUCACCUGCUAGAGAAGUUUCCAUGGAUAAGCAGAGAACCCGGUAUAUUAACAGCAGGCGGGGCCACCUUGCCAGCCCACCCGGCGAGACGCCUGCCUCUCUUCCACCCCGGGCUGCUGUGGGACAUGAGGGUCACCCCAACGGGCACCAGGUCCUGGACGUUGGGGCUGCCGAGGGAGGGGCAGAGGCCCCGGCUGAUGAACUCUGGCUGUCUGGAUUUCAACCUAGAGAAAAAGUUGAGCGCCUGAGGAACUGUGCCACCCUCCCUCGAGAUUUUAUUGACCAAGUGGUCUUGCAAGUGGCACAUUUGCUGUUGGACAGAGAGGAGCAGAUAAGCAUAGGAGAUGCUUCCAGCAGCAGCUCGAAGGCCUGGAACCGAGGAGGAAGCCUCUCCUUGACAGAAGUGGCCAGUGAGCUGGACCCAGAGACACUGCAGAGGUUGAAGCGGGAGUGUGGAGGCCUACAGACACUGCUCAGAAACAACCAUCAGGUGUUUGAAGUUCUGAAUGGGCGAGUUCACAUUCGUGACUGGAGAGAAGAGCAGCUACAGAGGCAGCAGCACCCGGAAGCAAAGCGGAGACUGUUCUCAGAAGCUUUCAAAACCCGCAUCUGCUGGUUUUUCAGUCACCACCCUGACGGUUGUGUUCUGCCUUCAGACAGCUGCCCGUUUGCCCAUGGGCCUGCGGAGCUUCGGCCUCCCCGGACCCCCAAGAAGAAGAAGCAGAUUCUGUGAGCUGCUCCCACCCUGUAAGCAGAGCCUGGUGUGGGGGCCCAGCGCUCAGCUCCUCUGACAACUGCAGACUCCGCUGGUUGGGGUAACUUCCUCCAGAUUGCCCCCAUGAUGUGACUCGUUCAUUAUAUGAACACCAGAUGGGACAGAAGCUGAAAUUCCUCCCACCCCCAGCCCCGUCAGGGUGUAGGGUCUGUGUUGUAAAUGAAGUCACACUUGCGUUUGGGAUCUUUAUUCCAGAAAGAGCACAGGAGUUCUUGGUAGCAUCUCAUUGUGAUGAAGGUGGCAAAAGUCCCUGGACCACCUGGCCCCUGUAGGGGGCCUGCCUCUGUCCUGCUUGCCUCAGUGUGUGAUAGCUGACUUACCCUGCCUGCAGGAGCGCAGCCGGUGCUGCCAAAUCCUGGCUGUACUGGAAACCCAGCUGCUCUGGGUGCUAAUCACUAGACUGGUAUUUUGUAAAAGCUGUCACACUUAUGUGUGCAGGUUAUUUUUAGUUCAGAGAACAAAACACCCAUAAUCUCUUUACCUAGGUCACUUUAGGUGACGUGGAAAAGAAUCCCAAGUGAUACACAACAAAGCCAGAAAAUCUAAAUGAUACAGAAAGCACUCCCCGCCCCCCGCCCCUCCCUACUAGAUCAUCUCCCCAGAAGUACUGUUAGCAGUUCUUUUGAUUCUGGAAAAAAUAUCCUAUGUGUUUCUGUUUAAAAUUAUUUUUACAGUUUUACUAAAAGGUCCCGUCAAUGUA